AUGAAGCAUCUGCCGAAUGAAGAUGCUGCAGCAGAAGUAGUAGCUGCAGCCGAAGAAGAAGCAGCAGCGGCAGACGAUGAUGCUCCAGCGGAGGAAGUAGCUGCAGCCGAGGAAGAAGAUCCAGCGGCAGACGAUGAAACCGAUCCGGAGGCGGAAGAAGAAGAAGCGACGCCAGCAGAGGACGAUGGUGCCGAAGAGGUUGGGGCCGCAGAGGAAGCAGACGAGGCAGAUCCGGAAGCAGACGAAGCAGCGGAUGAGAUUGAUCCGGAAGAAACCGAGGUUGGGGCCGCAGAGGAACCAGAGGCCGAUCCAGAAGACGAAGCAGCGGACGAGAUUGAUCCGGAAGAAGCCGAAGUUGGGGCCGCAGAGGAACCAGAGGCCGAUCCAGAAGACGAAGCAGCGGACGAGAUUGAUCCGGAAGAAACCGAUGUGGGAGCCGCAGAGGAACCAGAUGAAGCCGAUCCGGAAGCGGAGGACGCAGCGGAUGAGAUUGACCCGGCAGAAGAUUGUGAUGAAGCCGCGGGUGUUGAAGAAGCAGCGGAGGAGAUAGAUCCAGAUUGGGAUGAGAUUCCGGCAGCAGAAGAAGAUUGGGGAGAUGAUGGAGUCGACGCAGGGUUAGAAGCCGACACAACUGCCGAAGAGUAUGCUGAAACAGAUCCCGAACCUGAUGUAGAGGUGUCUAUCCCAUUGCCGCCCACGCCGCCGCUAGGAGUCGGGCUGCUGCCGCCGCCAGCGCCGCCUGCGCUUGAGCUCGCCGCGCCGCUGCCGCCGCCGGCGGCAGCGGAAGUACUGGUGGAGGUAGUGGAGUUCGAAGAGCUCGUGGAAGUAGUAGCAGUCGAGCCGGAUGGCGCGGUAGACACCAUUGGCGGUCACGGUUACUUGGAAGGAUUUGCAAACACAGUUGGCAACAGUGGAAUUGCUGGCCUUGUCACCCUUGAUCGUGGCAGUGUUGGAGCCAGGGACCACCUCGAGAGUGUCGAUACAGGCGAGCUCGCAAGCGCUGAGGAGGGUAGUGUUACCGACAAAGUCUCCAACGCGCUUGUAUGUACCCUUCCCGACGGUGCUUUGGGCGAUGACACCAACGCCGAGACCGGCGCCGAGGGCGGCGAUGGCGAGCCAAAAGAGUUUCUUGGACUUGUUCUGCUUGCCGAACAUUGUGUCCCGGAGAGUGAUGCAGAAACAAGGAAAAGAUAG